AUGUCAGUGACUAACACCGAGAUCGAAUGUGCUCGAAACAUCGCCCUUCUUUACUACCUUGGUAGAAUUGGCUGCAAGCCCCAAAAGAACAGUAUUCAAGACUGUGAACCUAUACGCAAAGCAGACAUCAACAGGGCACUGUCUUUGCAGGAUGAGAAGUUACUCACGUCAACACUGGCGUUUCUUUCGAGUAUUCGAGAUGAUGCUAUGAGCGUCACAGCAGUCUGCGUAGAAGAGAAGAAAUCUAGUGUUGUGGUGAUGGUUGCAGCCAAUGCAAAAGAUAGUCAUAACUCAUCAUCGUAUCUUGACGCUGUCAAGGAAGGGUUUGAUAAGAUAUUCAGAUCACUCAAUCGAGAGACUCCAGAUGCUUUUCAAAUCAAGUUGGCACAAGGUCCAUCCAACACAUCAGCAUUGGACAAGAAGCUGGAGUUGAUCAUCAACACCUUUGCCGAUAUAUCGAGAAUAUCAAGUCUUUCAACAAUGCUACUCGAAGAUAUUGGACCGAGGAUGGAACCGGACUUGUGCAGUGGCUUAUUGAACACCAUUCAUAAGUUGGCGCACUACAAAACCUGUGCCUGGACCCUUGUGAAGCUUUCGAGGAGGUAUUCGAUACUUGGACGUACUUCUACUAUUGCCGUCAGACUUGACGACACAGCCUUCGGGAAGCCACCAGCAGAAACUGUGGGUUUUAAGUUGGAAGAGCAUUUGAAGAAGCUUAAAAAGGAGUACAACACCAACUGGGACUUGGACAACUUCGGCCAAAGACUGGCAACGAAUACGAAAAAGUUCUGGGAGGACUUUUUGAGAGUCACGAAUGAGCCAAAGAUUCACGCUGAAAUUCAACUUAUGUGGCACCUUGAGCAUCACCCAAGCUCGAAGCCUCCCCGAGUUCUCGCCUCCAACAAAGAUGCGUGUUUCCUAUGUAACGCCUUUAUAUCGUUCCAUGGAAAGUACAUGAUACCCAAAACACACAGGAGAAUCUAUCCUGGAUGGAGACUACCAUCGACCGGGCUCAAUGAGACUAGGAGACUAUUUGUCAGAGAACUUGAACGCAUUGCUGUGGAAAGACUCAACGUGGUAAAUCAACAGGGGUUUGAGAAGAACAUUGACCCUUUGGAGAGCACAAUAUCGUUAGUUGCUACUUCUACAACCUCUCUGAACAGAUCCAGGGAAACGAAAGAUAUGCAACCAGCAAUGACGCUUACCAAUACUGGGAUAAACAACGAGGUUUUAGAUACGAUAGAUGAGAAACGGCCUGCGAUAUGUCUGCUGCCACCAACGAAACCAGGACAAUCUAAAGCUGGAGUCAAGACAAAGACAAAGAACCUGGACGUUGAGAGCACCGAAGUCUCCUUAAUACCUAGAAACUCCCCAAUAAGUUCGCAGGAGACCAUGGUUCUGACGCAGAAGCCGGCCAAUGAAACUGAAAAAUCCAAGAACAAGCCCCUAUUUCAGUUGGAGAGCCAAAUGAUAUCGCGUCCGAGGAGACUGAGUACGAGCCGAACAAGAUCACAAGUCCAGAGACAUAUCAAACACGGCAGUCAAGCAAUUGUUUUCCAGAACCGAAGCGUUCCGAUCACAAGUCAAGCGAUAGUCCGACGGCGUGGGAACAAGUGA